ACUGACAGCAGCUGUAAAAGAAGUGAGUGCGUGGCACGUGACCGCUGUGUAGACGGUAGGCCUUUCUUAGCAUUUUAGCAUAACACAUUUCACUCGGGAGUUGGACACGACACACGCUUUGGAGUAAAAUGGGGAUCGAAGAAGAAGCGGACAGAACCCUCUUCAUCAGAAAUCUGGACUCGAGAGUCACUGAGGAGCUACUAUUCGAACUGUUUUUACAGGCAGGACCUCUCAUCAGGACCAAGAUCCCGAAAGACCCAGAUGGAAAUCAGAAGACGUUCGGUUUUGCCGUCUACAAACACGAGGUGUCUGCGCCCUACGGCAUGCAGCUUCUCAACGGGACAAUGCUGUUUGGGAAAGCCAUACAUGUGCAGUUCAGAUCAGGAAGCAGUCAUGGCAACAGUCCAGGAAACUCACAGAAUUCCAGUCCCGCAAAUACUCCAAAUCCACAUGGGGCAAGGAGCCCAGUUCAGUUCAAUUCUCCGCCGUAUACACCUCCACAAAAUCAACGUUCAUUCUUCAGUCCAGACAACAAUCUGCAGAAGCAAGUCAUGAUGAACAACAUGAUGUGGUCACUUCACAUGCAGCAGAUGCAGAAUGUUGCGCAGUCAACUCCCUCCAAGUCUUUAUCAAGGCCCGGAGGUGGUUCAAGACAGCACGACAACACCCCCUACAGACCGAACAACGGAAGCAGAGGUCAUUAUCAGGAGGAGUCUGGAUCAGGGCGCCACCAGCACUACGGCCACAACCGUGACAACCAACACGACAGGAGCCGUCACCAUGACAACAGGAGUAUGAAGAGGCACCAUGACGACAGAGGAAACCACCGCAGCUAUCAGGACUCCAGGUUUAGACGCUUCUGAGCAACUGUGGGAUUUUGUAAAGACUUUUACCAGUGUAUUGACAGAUGUUAGAAAAUAUCUUGCUUUAUGUUUUUGUCUAUACUCAGGUUCUUUGUACAUGAUUCUACUCUCGGGGGUUUAUAUAGCAUAUAAACCUAUAUAGCAUUUUUCUAUUAUUUUAACAUGUUUUUAAAAUUGUACAGUGCUAUAAUUUGAUCUUUUAUUCAAAUGGAACAGUCAUAUUGGGGCCAAUAAUAAGUCUGUAAUACCAUUUUGGGGAAAAAAGAAAAGGGUAAAUUGGAAAUGGUCACUUUGUGGUAUGCAGGUACUUGGUGCUUCCAACAUUUUAACUUUGGACAUUUUGCUAAAAAUAAGAUUUCACCAGCACCACGAUGUCUGCAACGGCACCAGUCCUUAUCGGCCAAACCUUUGUCCUUGGUCCAUCUGAAAAUGUUUUUAUUUUUAAAUGAUAGAUUCUUACUCUGUAAAAGCUGACACAUGUUUUAAAUGGAACACAUUUGAUUACAUAAAGCCCUUUAAUUUCCCGAA